UUGACAUAUAACCUCAAAAACCGAAAAUUUUUUUAAUGUUGUUUUUGAGCUUCAUAACAUAUUCUUGUAAGAGUUUAUUCAAUUCAAUAUGACUCUAUUUAAAUUACGAUCAGCACCAAUGGUCUUGGUAGAAGAUGAUUACAACAUCAAUAUUUUGCCUCUUUUAAAUAGCUUAGUCGGAGACCAACAAAAAAUCAACCUAUUUUGUUAUGACCAACCUGUUAGACUAUGGGAAAAAGUGUUUAAAAACCAAGAUGUUCAAUAUCACACAGAAUUUAAUUCAGAGAAUUUUAUUGAAUAUACAAAACAACCCUGUCUUGUUUUCAUUGAUUCAGUAAAUCAAAUGGCCCUGAGAAUGGGUUGGCAUAAAUGUUUAACAUAUAUAAGGAAGCUUAAAAGUAACGAAAAUGUUAAACUGAUAUUAGUAUUGCAUAAAGAUUGUCUACAAAUGCAUUCUAAAUUACAAAAGCAUUUAAUCCACUUGGCACAUGCAACAAUUACAUACAGUGAUAGUGACCCAUUAAAAAUAGCAGUACAGAUAAAAUUAGGCAAUAAAUUCGUAAAGACAGAAGAAAUAUUAUCCUAUGACGGUACAACAUCUGUAUUAAAAUGUGAGAGGAUAACAAAAGCGGUAGUAAAGGAUGAAGAACCUGUUAAAUUGAAUCCCGGUGAACUCACUACAUUCAAAAUAGAGGUCGACCAAACACAGCAACUGGAGAAGCAUAAUCUAAAAUUACCUUAUAUGAGUAAAAUAAAUGAAGGUCAAAGCAAAGUUUAUUAUGAACCAGAUGCGGUUGAUGACUGGGAUGAGGAAGACCCUGAUGAAGAUCUUGAUAUUUGAUGGAAACCAUUAUGCAUUUUAAAUAAAUUAUUACUAAAACAUUU